ACUCCAGUAUUCUUGCCAGGAGAAUCCCAGGGACAGGGGAGCCUGGUAGGCUGCCAUCUCAGGGGUCGCACAGAGUCGGACACGACUGAAGCGACUUAGCAGCAGCAGCAGCCCCUCUACACCUCCAGCCUCCAGAGAAAGGACGGCCGGGCGGCUGCGGUGAGGGCAUCGGUGCCCAGCAGGUGGCGCUACGUCCCCGAGCCCUUAGCGCGGUGCUCCGGCAAAGGGCGCGGCCACGCAGCCCCAGUCCUUCCGCCGGGGCGGCCGCUCCCCCACCCCCACCCCGACCCCGCCCGGCUCUGCGCGCACCGUAAGACCUACCCUGGGCUUGUCUCGGCCUCGCGUCCUGACCCGCGCAACGGGCCGCUCAACCAUAGCGGGCGCCAUGGCCCUCCCGCGGUCCCAGGCCCGCGGCUGGGUGAAGGCCGCCAAGAUGGCUCAGAGGCGCCGCCCCGCGGAGGACACGGGAGGACCCCCGAGUCCAGCGCCCGGGAGCCAGCGCGCCGCGCUUUACGUCCACUGGCCCUACUGCGAGAAGCGCUGUACUUACUGCAACUUCAACAAGUACAUCCCCCGUGGUGUGGACGAGGCUGCUCUGAGGCGCUGCCUGGUGACCGAGGCUCAGACGCUGCUGCGACUCAGCGGAGUGCGACGAGUGGAAUCUGUGUUCUUUGGUGGGGGUACCCCCAGUCUGGCCAGCCCCCAUACUGUGGCAGCUGUCCUGGAGGUAGCGGCCCAGGCAGCUCACCUGCCUGCAGACUCCGAAGUCACGCUGGAGGCCAACCCCACUUCGGCCUCAGGCUCCAGGCUGGCAGCAUUUGGGGCAGCAGGAGUCAACAGAUUGUCCAUUGGCCUCCAGUCUCUAGAUGACACUGAGCUCCAGCUGCUGGGGAGGACACACUCAGCCAGGGAUGCUCUGCAGACCCUGGCGGAGGCCCAGCACCUCUUCCCAGGGCGUGUUUCUGUGGACCUGAUGCUAGGGCUGCCGGCACAGCAGGUGGGGCCGUGGCUCAGGCAGCUGCAGGAACUGCUGCGCCGCUGUGAUGACCACGUGUCCCUCUACCAGCUGUCCCUGGAGCGGGGCACCGCACUCUUCACCCAGGUGCAGCAGGGUACCCUUCCUGCCCCGGACCCCGAACUGGCCGCUGAGAUGUACCAGGAGGGACGGGCAGUCCUGCGGGAGGCUGGCUUUCGCCAGUAUGAGGUCUCCAACUUUGCCCGGAAUGGGGCGCUUAGUACCCACAAUUGGACUUACUGGCAGUGUGGUCAGUACCUUGGCGUUGGGCCCGGGGCCCAUGGGCGAUUUAUACCCCAGGGGGCCGGGGGCCACACCCGAGAGGCUCGGAUCCAGACCCUAGAGCCUGACAACUGGAUGAAGGAGGUGAUGCUGUUUGGUCAUGGCACCCGGAGGCGCAUCCCCCUGAGUGAGCUGGAGCUGCUGGAGGAAGUUUUGGCCAUGGGGCUACGCACAGACGUGGGCAUCACUCACCAGCACUGGCAGCAGUUUGAGCCCCAGCUGACCCUGUGGGACCUGUUUGGAGCCAGCAAGGAGGUGAAGGAGCUACAGGAGCAGGGCUUGUUGCUGCUGGAUCACAGGUGUGUUGUGGGGGCAGUGGUUAAGGUGUCCCAGGGAACCCUGACUACACAUCUGCAGACCAGAGAGAGGGGUCUUCGGUGUUCCUGGGAGGGGCUGGCUGUGCUGGACUCUCUGUUGCUGUCCCUUCUAUCUCGGCUCCAAGAGGCCUGGCAGCAGAGAACCCCCUCUUCCGUGCCCAGAGGAUAGCCACCGGAGGAGAGCCACGUGUUCUGUAGCCAGGACUCUGCAGGCUUGAAGCUGCCAUCUCUGCCUUGGUGCUUGGCCUCAGUUUCUGUGUUUUCCCUCCGGGGGAACCCACGUGUCCCGCCUUCGAGAGACCAUCCACUUCCUGGAGAGGAACUGCAUCCUGCAAAGAAAGGACUUUAAGUAAUGGGGUUGCUGUAAACUGAAUGUUCGUCUUCCUCCCAAAUCCAUGUGCGGAAACUUCAUCCCUGGAGGCAUGGUCUUCAGGGGCGGCGCUUUGGGAGGUAAUUAGGUCAUGAGGAUAGAGCCCUCAUGAAAGGGAUUAAUGUGCUUAUGAAAGAGAGCUCCCUGGCCUCUUCCACCAUGCGAUGACAUGGAGGGAAGACAGAUGGCUAUGUACCAGGAAUCAAGCCCUCACCAAAUCUCCUGGGACCUUGAUUUUGGACUUCCCAGCCUUCAGAACUGUGAGAAAUAAAUGUUUGUUCUUUAAGCCA